AUGUUGAUCUGUUGCGGUCGAGUAUUCAGGAGGUGGGUUUCCUCCUUUACCUCAGCUUUUCCUCAAUCCGGACUCCUCUUCAAGCUGCUUGCUAGAUGCGUCGUAGCUUGUCUUACUUGUAUUUUUGCUCUAGGUGGAGCUACCAUAGGAGUAUUUAGUGGAGCUCUGAAAGGGCAGACCACCGAGACGGGCCUUCUGCGUGGUGUCGGUGUGGGGGCAGUGGCAGGGGCUGUCACGGCCGUCCAGUUGAUUGAGCUUAUAUUGGAUGGAGAACAAUUUUCCAAGUUAGCAUUGGUUUGCAGCCUGGUGAAUGGAAAGAUAUUUAUGGAAUGGGUCAGUCCAGCUGUGUUAAAAGCAUAUCAGUGGCAGAUUAACACUAUGGAAACAGGUUUCAGGGAAAUUUCGGACAUAUUUGAAGUGAACCCCGUCAGAGGAUUAUCUCAAGAUGCAAUCGAGGAGCUGCCAAGUUUCAUGUUUAGUGCUGCAGAGGCUUUCGUACCAUGUCAGGAAGCUAUUUGUUCCAUUUGCUUACAGGAUUUGAAGCGUAGAGAAUAUACAAGGCUGCUGCCUGGAUGUCGGCAUUUAUUCCACCGGCGCUGUAUAGAUGAAUGGCUUGUCCGGCAGGGGACCUGUCCAAUUUGCAGAAAGGAUGUGUAG